UGUAGCUCAUUAAAGCAGCGGUAUAUAUGUCGUUGAACGCUCCCUUACCAUAUUGACCGCAUAAGACUGGCCUUAUAAAAACUGUAGGCUAGAAGUAAUAAUGAACCUGUUACGUUCAGGGAAAUCAUCAUUAGCAUAUGUACUUUUGUUUCUUGUUGUGGGUUUAAGAAAAUAUGCGGUAGCGUUCCCUUUAGCUUUGACGGAGAAGGCUGCCGCUGGUAACUUUCCAGAACAUCUUGAUCACUUCCCUGCUUUAAAUAAUCCUUCUAUAUUUUCUUAUUAUUCAAAGCUUCUUAUUAGUGCUUUCUUAGUGCUCUUGGGUGGUGUUUUUGCUGGACUAACGAUCGGUCUUAUGGGAUGUGACGAAGUGUAUUUACAAGUUUUAGAACAAAGUGGUGAUGAAUACGAAAGGAAACACGCAAACAAAGUUUUAAGACUUUUGAAUCGUGGUAAGCACUGGGUUUUGGUCACUUUAUUGUUGGGCAAUGUUAUUGUGAAUGAAACCUUGCCAAUAGUAUUUGAUAGUAUCAUUGGCGGUGGGUGGCCCGCAGUUUUGAUUUCAACAGCUGCGAUUGUAAUUUUUGGCGAGGUUAUCCCACAAGCUUUAUGCGUCCGUUAUGGAUUGUCGAUCGGUGCUAAAUUGGAACCGUUGGUGCUGUUUAUGAUGUAUCUCCUUAUGCCAAUUGCUUAUCCAACUGCUUUGUUACUGGAUGCCUGUCUAGGAGAAGAUCAUGGCACCAUGUAUCGAAAGGCUGGUUUAAAAACUCUCGUUACUCUGCACAGAGACUUGGGGUUGGAUAAACUGAAUCAAGACGAAGUUACAAUUAUUACGGCUGUUUUAGAUUUACGGGAAAAAUCAGCCAAAAGUAUUAUGACACCUAUUGAGGACGUUUUUACCCUUCCAAUGGACCGUAUUGUAGAUGAACAGCUAAUUGGCGAUAUCAUUUGUGCUGGUUACUCCCGGAUUCCAGUACACAGACCAGGAUUUCCCCAUGAUUUUAUAGGUAUGCUACUCACAAAAACACUUAUUGGUUAUGAUCCAGACGACUGUUGGCCUGUAAGCAGAUUUGCUCUUGCAACGUUGCCUCAAACUUUCCCGGAUACUUCAUGCUUGGAUUUAAUGAAUUAUUGUCAAGAGGGUAAAAGCCAUAUGAUUCUCAUCUCAGAUCACCCUGGUGAAAAGUUUGGUACUCUAGGUGUUAUCACCCUCGAAGAUAUCAUUGAAGAGUUAAUCGGAGAGGAAAUUAUUGACGAAACUGAUGUUUACAUUGAUGUUCACAAAGGGUUGCCACGUGUGAGCUAUAAUAAUGAAUUUUGGAACAGGUUGUUUCAUCGUUCUCAUCUGAAUACUAUGGCUGCCUUAACAAAAAGCCGUCUAUCAACAACAAACGGUGAAACUAACGCAGAUGAGCAACGACCUAUUCUAAAUCCCAGAAAUGCAGCCAUGAAUCCUCGGUAUAUUCCAAAUGAACGGGUGAAAGUGAAGACACCUGUGAGCAUCAAGAACGAGACGGGAUAUGGAAGUAUGGAAGCUUCGAAUCAAAGUGUCGCUUCUCUUUCCAAAAAGGCUGACAAGGUUGAAACUGAAAUAGAGGCCCAUUCGAAGAAUAUACCAACUAUAGAAGAGCACGAUGCCGAGGUCAAUUCUCAACGUGAGGUAGGGAAUCAAGAAGGUGAAGGUGGUCAGGGCCACUAUACACAACAUCAACAUCACAGAGAAAGCAACGCAUCACCGAUUGAUUAUGGCAAGAUUGCUGAGCAUGGUUUUGAUCAAAUGAACGGUGAAGAUUCUUCAAAAAAGAAAAACAAGUCUAAUGCCAAUUCCCCGGCAAUCAAGGAUCAAAGGACGGACAGUGGGUCUUCUGUUUCUGAAAAGACCUUUGCAGGUAAAAGGAUAAGGCUCGGUAAUGUCAUUGAAAGUAACCUUGUGUCCGCGGACGGUAUUGAACGUAUCGUCAUUGAGCCCUAUGAAAGAACAGCCAACGACUCUGAAGAUAUUGUUGAAAUGGUUGAAAGAAAUGGUAUUCUUGUUCCGAAAGUUAGCAUUACCAAUAGCGAAUCUCAACAAGAAAGUGAUACUUUGAACGUCAGUGAUGCAAAUACGCCAAGUUCCGAAAAUCAUAAUGUUAAUGCUUCAUCGAGAUCGUCUAAAAAUAAAAAGAAGAAGAGGAAGUCAAAGAACAGAAAAUAAGCUAAUUGGUUUUCUUCUGGCUAUCGAAUGUUUACUUCUAUAUGUAGAUAACCGUUCACAACACUGUGGUUUUCCGUUCAGAUCAUUACAUCCGUUGUGAUAUUUUUGAUUUUAAUUAUUCAUUUUUGAACAGUCUGUAUGCUCAGUCUUUAUUUAUUCUUUAACUAAUUUUUCGAUUAUUUCAAUUAAACUAUGUCUUAUGUGAAUGAUGCUUUGUAUUCUAGUUCAUUGCAAGCAUAAAUAAUGAUGCCAUUAUUGGUGUUUCCUCUCAGAAAUUGAAAUUUAGCAUUAUAAUAUGUCUGCCUAAAUCUUAGACAACUAGUUCUUUGAAUCGUAAUGAAGUUAUUAAUAAUAAGUAUAUGUAUAUUAAGUUUACAUUGGAUUUAC